UACAGGAUGAAAAGUUUCUAGAUCACCCGUGACAAAUGACUGGAUAAAACUUGGUAAUUCCUACUUCAGAACCAAUGAUCCCAGUUCAACUGGAUAUACCCUCCUAGAAAACUUUCCAAGGACUUGACAGACUAAAAGAUAUCCUACGACCACAAGGACUUUCAAACAUUUCACCAGGCCACAAGUACAAGUAUCUGUCCUCAUAAUGAAGUGAUUUCUUUAUCACUCUGGACAUGUUAUUAAUCAUGAAAUUCUUUUGAAUUUUAAAUGGAUCAGAAAUUUGUGGCUUCAAUCAUCACAUUCACCAUUCACCACCCAUUCACAUCAUUUCAUUCAAUUCCAUUUUGUGUGGAGUACCACGAAUGUUAUUAGACCCGGAUGGAGUGUCCAGUACUGAACUGUCUAUGCUGAGUGGAUCCACUUUCAUGUGGUCUUCCGUAGUCAAAAACGAAGACAGUCGACGAAUAUAUGGUACCAGGGUACCUCUUACGUUCUUCAGAUUGUGUGGAUCCGGUAUAACUAUAUACAUUAUACCAUGACGAAUCAACGAAAGGUAGAAGAGUAGGGACCACUUUCCCUUGGUUGUACGAAGUGUAGUGAGGGAUGGCGCCUCUUCAGAGGAUAAGAGAGAGUAAGCAUCGGUGUCAGGUGCGGUGACAGUUGAGUGGAAUGUCAGUGGACAAAAAUUGAUUUUUUUUCUUCCACAGUAAAAUGAGGGUAUCGACAGCGGCACUUGGAUUCUAUGUAAUAUGGAAUAUUCUGACAGGAACUUUGUCUUAUACAGAGGAAGUACUGAACUACUACAAUCAUCCAAUUAACUAUAGGUCACAGCCAUCGUCAUACGGUCCACCGGUUAGAAGAUGGACCGAGGUCCGGGAUGGUGGACCAAGAAGAGGAUUGAUAUAUCGAAGAGACACGCAGGAUCAUCUUCCUCAUCAUUACGUCAAGAUCAGUGAAAAUGUAGAGCAAAUCGAUCCACUGAUAACCAUCACGGAGACACUGGGGGCUUUAAAUACGGUCGGCAGUUACAUAGUGAAUAUGACACGCGGUGUUGAAAAUUCGGACAAUCCACCAAAGGAACUGCCAUCGGCUCUGUAUACAAUAUCCAAAAACAUUUUGGGCAGGAAUGUUACCGACAGCAUAGCGCCACUGGUGCGAGGUGUUGCAUUACCUCUGAGACCAGUCAGUUCAACCGGAAUAUCCGGUGAGCAAUCUGCUGAAGGAAUUUAUGAAAAAGACAAGGAGUCGUCCUCGGCACCAUCAGCCUGCACUACUGCAGACGGUGGACCUGGAAAAUGUCAAGACCUCAGUAACUGUCCUCAAUUAUUGUUAGACCUCACAAAGCUGAGGCAGUCUCUAUGCUUCAAAAGUUUAUUCGUACCAGGAGUAUGCUGUCCACUGGAUAAAAUCAUAGGUGAUGCAGGAUCCAACGGGGAAAGUUCAUCCGGCGUAAUUUCACCUGGGUCAGAAUCCGGCGUGCGUCCACAACGACCUCCUCAUCGGCCAACCAGACCGUCGACUCCUCGACCAAUUCCUCUGCUGCCAAUAACAACGACAACCGUUAGACCAGUUGGGGAAGUCGUUACCGUACCAGACUCGUCGAGCAACUCCAGUGGUUUUGAGACUAUUGAUACCAUUGAUAAUAAUUUCAUACAGGAUGACGAGGAGUGCGGAGUGCGAAACUCUGGAAAGUACCGUGUUGUGGGCGGCGAGGAGGCUUUACCAGGUCGCUGGCCAUGGAUGGCAGCUAUAUUUCUCCAUGGGGCACGUAGAACGGAAUUUUGGUGCGGAGGUUCUCUGAUUGGUCCGAGACACAUUCUCACAGCAGCCCAUUGUACCAGGGAUCAACGUCAGCGACCGUUUGCCGCACGACAGUUUACAGUUCGCCUGGGAGACAUUGAUCUUGAACGGGAUGACGAACCGUCCUCUCCCGAAACUUAUGCUGUGAAGGAGAUACGGGCGCAUCCGAAAUUCUCCCGUGUUGGAUUUUACAAUGACAUUGCGAUACUUGAAUUAAAUAGGCCUGUGAGGAAGACUCCCUAUGUCAUACCAAUAUGUCUACCUCAGGCUCGUUUUCGUGGAGAACCAUUUGCUGGUGCAAGACCAACGGUUGUCGGCUGGGGCACAACGUAUUAUGGCGGCAAAGAAAGUACAGUUCAACGACAGGCCGUUUUACCCGUAUGGAGGAAUGAAGAUUGCAAUGCGGCUUAUUUUCAACCUAUUACUAGCAAUUUCCUCUGCGCUGGUUAUAGCCAGGGUGGCAAGGAUGCCUGUCAGGGCGAUUCUGGUGGACCAUUAAUGCUACGUGCUGAAGGCCAUUGGAUGCAGAUUGGUAUUGUGUCCUUCGGUAAUAAAUGCGGGGAGCCUGGGUACCCUGGUGUAUAUACUCGUCUUACGGAAUAUACAGACUGGAUUAAGAAUAAUAUUAACUGAGGAAUGAUGAUCGCUUUCAUUUAUUUUGUUACCAAUUUAACCAUUUGCGUUUAUGUAUCAUAUUCCUCUUUAAGGCCUGUUACUUGUAUUGAGGACGAAACGUUAAAUUGUCACUCUUUUUUUCUUCGUGGUGUGCCAAGAGAUAAUAUUAUUUAUCGCCUUAACCGCGUGAUUGAUGACUUUUGAAAAAUCACCUGUUAACACAUCAAUUUUAACAUAUGUAAUGACUUAUUCCAAGACUCUGUGAGAAACGAUACUUCAUCGUUUACAUUUCUGAACGUUGAUCAGAUAUUAUUUUCCGAACCAUUAGUGUUGUGCCAAUGAUCAUUUACAUUUGUAGUGAUGUAGGAGUGUAGAAUUUUCUAAAAAAAAGUGUCAAAAGCUUUUUUUUUUUUAAUACGACUGUAUAUAUAAAUUUACUUUAUAUUAUUACUGAGUAUAUAAUGUUACGUAUAUUCAUCGAAUAAAUAAAUUAUUUAACUAAU